CAAAAUUUCUGUUGUCGUUUAUAGCUGUCAACUGAGGGCGCUAGUCCUAUGCCACACAGAGUAAACUUUCUGCGAUCUUGCUUCUUGGCAUGCUUGAUUUGAGUAGCAAUUAUGACAGACGUGGACGUCAAGCAUUGUAUCAUCAGUUGACAUCCAAUGCUCAGCCAUGAAGAAACAACAGGUGCUAAAUUGCAGCUUCUCUGCCUGGUACCCCAUCUUCAAACACCUCACUAUCGACAGCAUUGUCAUCCCACUUUCGAAGGGUUUCUUGGAGUACUUAGAUGCAGAUGGAAUAUACCUCCCAGCAAGUCCCACAGAUGAAACCAGCGACAUCAUUGAUGAAGAUGAUGAAGAUGCGCAGAGUAGGAUACCCUCCUUCCCAGGGCUGGAAGAGUCCAUCAGGACGGCCAUUCACAACCUCGGCGGCAGGGUUUUCCCCAAGCUCAACUGGAGCGCACCUAGGGAUGCAUCCUGGAUGGCCUGUGGAAACACCUUACAGUGUUCCUGUGUCAAUGACAUCUUUCUGUUACUCAAGAGUUCCGAUUUCGUCACGCACGACCUCACAUCGCCAUUUGAACACUGCACAGACUGUGAACAGGGCCCACAAGACACAUUAUAUGAGCUUGUUUUAAGAAGGUGGUGCGAUAUAUCUGAAGCCACAGAGUUCCGUGUCUUUGUCAAGAACGAUGACAUCAUUGGUAUAUCACAGCGAGACCACACCAACUUCUUCCCAGACCUGGGACCCCUGGCAGAGCAAAUCCACAACGAGAUUGAGGACUUUCACGACAGGCACAUAGCUGGUAACUUUCUGGACCAUGAUUAUGUGUACGACAUCUACAGACAGGAUAAGAGGAAGUUCCUCCUGAUCGACUUCAAUCCGUUUGGUGAGACCACCGAUCCAUUGCUGUUUGAUUGGGAAGAUUUGAAUGACCUCGAUGUCACCAGGACAGACAGCCAAUCCUGGGAGACAUUCCGCUAUGUACGCAGUGCCUCGGGCAUCCAGCCAAGCCAGUUCUUAAGCUAUCGGUACCCAGUGGACAUCCUCCAUCUUACAACGGGCGCGGAUGCCGACAAACUAGCCGACUUUCUCAGAAUGGAAAUGCAGAAGCCGGAUCAGCAAGAAGCGACGUCAUCUUCGCAGGAGGGCAGCAGUAACGUGCAAUACGAGGAUGAGCCAGAGAAAUGAAUGGACGAUACUGGGAAACAAGACAGACUUUUUGUCGACACUAAAAGAGACAAGGACGCAAACAGGACUCGAAGUCAAAAAACUUGAUUCAACUCUAUCAAAUUAAGAGUCUGAUUGGCAAGCUUGUUGAGGCGGGUCUUCUCCUUGACGAUGACGGGUCAACUUGAUUUAAAUAUUUACACACACAGCCAAUGGGGUCUGUGUAACUAUGUGGUCUGCUGAUAUGUAUACUUGAGAUCUAGGCCAAUACAUGGAUGGUAGCAUUGUCAUAGUGCAUAGCAACUAUACAGUUAUAAGACACUGUUCGGGCAAUUGCCUGUCUUUCAAACCACGAAGUCAGAACUCCAGUUUAAACUUUUUUUAAGGGUAUGUUCAGACAGAGGGCAGUUCUGGAGCUAGCUCUUUUCUGAUUAUUGAACUCAACGGGGGUUCUGUGCAGCUAGUGAUAAACCUGAACUGUGCUCACGUUCAUACAAUUAUGGUAACUCCAGAGCUGGUGUUACAGUGGAGCUAAAAGGUCACCAAAUGGGUUGCGUAAUAUUGGUCAGACAAAUAAACGACGACUGAAUGCGUCAGUGUGGAGCUACGGCAACUGCGUCCAAAUGACAAAUAACGGUGGAGUCAGGUUGUAAAAAGAAGCCUGCUGAGCUGAAAGUGGAACUAGCCCCACAAAUGUUUGGGGCUAGAUAGCUACAGUUAUCUCCAGAGGCGGAGUUCAGUUGCAUCCAAACGACAACUAUUUUGGUGGAGCUAGCUAGCUUCGGAGCUAUCUCCGGAGAUAGCCCCCGUCUGAACCACCCCAAAGUAUUUUAUACUGAAAACCGCUCGGGGGAAAUUAUUCGCAGUCAAUUAACCUGUGCAGUGGAUGUCUCAUACAGUAGGCGUCAUGAGAUUUUGUCUCAUUACUUUAUACUCCACACAUCCCACAAGGACUAUGUCAAAGUUUCUUUGUCGUUACCCAAACAAAGUUACUUCACUCGGAAACCUACCUAAAGUGGGCACCGGCAAAAGUACGACAUUUUUUACCAUCUACCACCAACAGGCUGUGAAGUUGCACGUGUUGAUUGUGUACUACAGCAUGACAAGUACAUUGCUGGACUGUUUUGAUUUUCCUGUUGUGGUAUUUUCCUU